AUGCUUGAGCAAUGGGAACCUAAUAUUUCAUUUUCCAAAUUUUUUACUCAAUGUAAUAUCACAUCAUGUACCUAUUCAAUUACAAUGGGAAACGAUUUUCUCUAUGUUAUUACAACAUUACUAGGAAUAUACGGUGGUCUUACAGUAUUUCUACGUCUCAUUGUACCUCAUAUUGUUAAAUUUUUUGUGAGACAUUUACGUAGACAGAAUUUGAAUCGUGAUAUUUUGCCAUUCUCUGUUCGAUUGCGUGGAUUUCUUAUGCGUAAUGUUAAUCUCAACUUGUUUCCAACUGAAGAUUCCUCAGAGAUAGUCAUUCAUCAACAACGUUGGGCAACCCGUUUAUAUCUUAUAAUUCUUAUUAGUGCAAUGACUGUUCUUAUGCUUUAUUCUUCUCUAUCACAACAGAUUGUAAGCCAAACAAUAACCAAGCCAACGCAAACUCAAUAUGAAAAUCUCGUUCAUGUCUAUGGAAGUGCUGUUUCUUGUCCAUGUUCUCGAAUAGCAGUAAAUCUAGAAGAAGAUCUUCGUUCACAGGCAGACAUACUCUCUACUAAUUUUAUUUCGUCAACAGAACGUUCAUUCGCACGUGAGCUUGCACUAAUUCGUUUUACUACACAAGGUAAUCAGAUUAUAACAGGCACUUAUGCUAAUUUUGGUAUACCUGUCUCAGAUGAAACUACAAAUGGUACGAAUAUCACCGUAGUUGACAUAGUGCCCGGAUAUUUUAUAAAUGCAGAAGGAAUACCAUGUUUUUGUGCACGCAGUAUAAAUGAUCGAUUAUCCUUCAUACAACAUCUACAUUCUCUUGUAAAAUGGCUUAUCGAUAAGCUUUUGAAAUUAAAUCUGUUCAAGCAUAAUAAUAAUGAAACAAUGGCACGACAUAUGACACGUCUCUAUCUAAUAGCUCUUUUCGUAGCUGGAUUAGUACUUAUUUCGUACAUUGAAUUAAGAGAAGAACCAACACAAGUCAAGACAAUUUAUUCCCCAUCACUUGAUACUUUCAAAACUCUUCUAUCCGAAGAUUCACAACUGUCCUGUCCAUGCACAAAUUUAGCUGUACCUUAUUCGAGUUUCAUCUAUCUCAAUACAACAUUUCAUGAGGUCUGUUCAAGUGACUUUGUUUCAUCUAUUUGGCUUGAUCGCGUGUUGGGCUAUGCAGGCUAUGACGUUGUAGCAGAUUAUUAUCCAAACAUCACCGAUUUUCGUCGACAAGCCGUAGCUCAUUUCGAACUAAUUCAAUUCUUUUGUCAGCUAGUCGAUCAAACAAUUAACGAUGCCCUGCAAAUAUUUGGUCUUACUCAGUUAGUUAGUGCACAACCAUUGCAAGAAUCGUCAUUCUCAAUACAUGUUCAAUCACUUGUACAACAAUUUCAAACUUCCACUGCCAAUGAUUUCAUGCGCAGUUUAAUGCUCAUUCGUCAGACAACUCAAGGUAAUGCUUGGAUCACUAUGUAUGCAAGUAGUUGGCGUCUUACUGUGCGUGAAGUUUAUCCUAAUGCAGCAAUUUUUAUGUAUCCAGUUGUUUAUGGUAAUUGUUCUUGUGCUACUUAUGCCACCUGUACACAACCAGCAGGUAUAUAUGAAAAUGAAACUUUUAUUGCUCUAUCUGGUUUUCAUAUUGGUUGCUAUCCACUUGAAGCUGUAUUACAGUCAUCACUGGCAUGUCUCUAUAGUUCAGCCUGUGUACAAUUAUUAGAAUUUUAUUUUCCACCAACUACUAAUGUGACUCCUGUACGUACUCUCACAAAUCACCAAUCCAGUGUAUACUCAGUGAAUUCAACCAUUGAGACGCUCAUUAGUCAAUUACUAGUUGAACAAUGGACGGUGAAUAUAUCAUAUGAAGCAUUCUAUAAACAAUGUGCUCCUGCCACGUGUACCAUUAGCUUUAAAGGACGAAAUAGUUUGCCAGUAAUUAUUACAUUUCUACUUGGUAUUUUUGGUGGUUUAACUAUUGUAUUAAAACUUCUCGUACCAAUCAUUGUUUAUAUUGCUUGGAUGAUUUAUAGAAAAGUACGAAGAAAUCGAAAUGCAAUAGUUCCAAUUAACUAA